AUGUCGAGUAUGGAUAAAGAAUGGAUUUUGAAAGAUAGGGAUUCGCUGGAUUAUGAAAUUGGUGUUGAAAAAUUCUUGAUUUAUGCUGAACAAAACUACAAGAAUCCUAAGAAAGUACCUUGCCCCUGCUCGAAAUGCGUAAAUUUCAAAAAAUUCUCGAUAAAAAUAAUUAGGGGUCAUCUUUAUGAAAAUAGUUUUAGUUUGGGGUAUAUUGAUUGGAUUUGGCAUGGGGAUCAGAGUGUAAAGUCAUCAAUGGGUAGCACACUGCACCCUGAUGAAGACGAGAAAACUGCAGCUUCAUUCGAAGCUGCAUCUGGAGUUGCUGCUGCUGCUGAGAUUUGUGAUGCAGCAUUCCAUAAUCCGGAAGGGGGGGGUGAUUACGAUAAAGAGUCGCACGAGUUCAGGAGGUUUGUAGCUGAUGCUCAACAGCCUCUAUAUGAGGGUAGUGAUUGCACUAAAUUAGACUCAAUGUUAAGAUUGCAUAAUUGGAAAGCGAGAUUCGGUAUUAGUGACAACUCCUUUACUGAUUUACUCUCUAUUGUCGGCUCCAUCCUUCCUGAAGAUCAUGCACUGCCUGUUAAUGCAUACGAAGCAAAGAAAUCUUUAUCAAAUUUAGGCCUCGAGUAUAUAAAAAUCCACAGCUGUCCGAAUGAAUGUAUUCUAUAUAGAGGAGUAAAUGAGAAUGCUUUAGAGUGUCCCAAGUGUCGUCUAUCUCGGUGGAAAUUGGGGAAGGAUGGUAAAGCAAGGGUUAAUGUCCCGGCCAAAGUUAUGUGGUACUUCCCCAUCAUUCCAAGAUUUAAACGGAUGUUCAAAUCUCCUUCGACAGCUGAGUUAUUGACUUGGCAUUCCAACCAUAGACUUCACGAUGGCCAGAUGCGCCAUCCUGCUGAUUCACCUGCUUGGCGGAAUAUCGAUUACAGGUGGCCCACUUUCGGCAGUGAGCCUAGGAACCUGCGCUUAGCUCUGGCGGCAGAUGGUAUUAAUCCGCAUAAUAAUGGGCUAACUAAUCGAUAUAGUUGUUGGCCGGUGGUAUUAGUAACAUAUAAUCUGCCUCCUUGGUUAUGUAUGAAGAGAAAGUUUAUGAUGUUAAGUAUAUUAGUCUCCGGUCCACAUGAACCAGGAAACAAUAUUGACGUGUUCUUACAACCGUUAAUAGAUGAUUUGAAGAAGCUUUGGGAAGAAGGUGAACCGAAUGUAUAUGAUGCGAGCACUAAAUCUCUAUUUACUUUAAGGGCAGUUCUUAUGUGGACGAUAAAUGAUUUUCCGGCAUAUGGAAAUCUGUCCGGGUGCGUCAAUAAGGGUUAUUUGGGGUGUCCCGUAUGUGGUGACGAUACCGUAGCUAAAUAUUUACCUUAUAGUAGGAAAAUAUGUUAUCAAGGUCAUCGUCGGUAUUUGCCUAGGCAUCAUCCAUAUAGGAGGAAGAAGGCAGCCUUCAAUGGUGAACAAGAGCUUGGGCAGGCACUACCACCACUUUCUGGACAGCAGGUGUUAGAGCAACAAGAAAAAAUUCAAUUUUCUUUCGGAAACGAAGUGAAAAAGUCAAAGAAGGUGGACUGCCCUUGGAAGAAGAAGUCAAUAUUCUUUGAGUUGGAAUAUUGGAAGUUCCAUCAUGUUCGCCACUGUCUCGAUGUUAUGCACAUCGAGAAAAACUUGUGCGAUAGUCUAGUUGGGACGUUGUUAAAUUUGAAGUUCAAGUCCAAAGAUAGCGAGGCAUCUAGGCUUGAUAUGAUGGAAAUGGGGGUGAGGGCUGAUUUAGCUCCCGAAAAAGGAGAAAAAAGAACUUUUCUGCCUCCUUCCUCAUUUACUCUAACAAAAGCCGAAAAAAGAAAAGUGCUCAAAUCACUCUCAUCAAUGAAACUGCCUUAUGGACAUUCCUCGAACAUCAAAAAUUGUGUAUCAAUGCGUGAUCAAAAGUUGUUCGGGCUCAAGUCCCAUGACUGCCAUAUACUCCUUCAACAAUUACUCCCGGUUGCAAUUCGUUCUGUACUACCAAAGAAUGUUAGAGUUAGCAUCAUACGGUUGUGUUUAUUUUUCAAUACUCUGUGCAACAAAGUGGUAGACAUAUCAAAACUUGAUAAACUGCAGGCUGAUGUAGUACUGACCUUAUGUGAGCUUGAAAAAAUAUUCCCACCCUCUUUUUUUGAUAUAAUGAUACAUUUAAUAGUGCACUUGGUGAGGGAAUUGCGUUUAUGUGGACCGGUGUUCUAUAGGUGGAUGUUUCCAUUUGAACGGUUCAAUAAAGUAUUGAAAAGUUACGUGAGAAAUCGUUAUUUCCCAGAAGGUUGCAUAGCUGAAAGAUAUCUUGGCGAAGAAUCUGUAGAAUUUUGCGCAGAGUUUGUGAGAGAGAGUUGCAUGAGUACUGCUGGUAUUCCUAAGGACCAGGACAAGCUUUCUGGUCCUUUAUCGGCUGCAACAGUGAGAUCUAUAGAAGAAAAAGAACGAGACGAGGCACAUUUACAUGUCCUCUUAAACAACAUUGAAGUGCAGCCAUAUAUUCAGAGGCAUAAAGAUCUGCUGGAAAGAAUUUACGAAGGGAAAAAUAAACCUAUUCAGUGGAUGAUCGGGGAGCACAACAGGCUCUUUGCUGAUUGGUUUCAAGAACAAGUCAGCACUGAAUUGAAUGUGAAUGGAGGUGUGUCUGAGACAAUAAGGUGGCUUGCGGCGAAACCAUCAUUUACUGUUUUGACAUACGAAGGCUAUCUAGUUGAUGGUGUCCGAUAUUUCACAAAGGAGCGAGAUGAUGUGAGGGUUGUACAAAAUAGUGGAGUUAGUUUAACUGCGAAGACAAUCCAAGUUGCUAGUGCGAAAGAUUUAAAUCCCGUGGAAUGUGACAUGACAUUUUAUGGAAGAAUUGAAGAAAUAUGGGAAUUGGAUUACCAUGCGUUUCAAGCCCCAUUGUUCUUGUGUAGAUGGGCAGACAGCGACAAAGGCAUCAAGGUUGAUGAACUAGGCUUCACACUUGUGGACCUUAGUCGACAAGGCCACAAGAAUGACAAGUAUGUGUCCGUUGAUCAAGUGAAGCAAGUUUUUUACAUCGAAGAUCCCGUUGAUUCCUGUUGGUCAGUCGUAUUAAACUCGACGACUAGAGAUUAUCAUGAGAUUUUCAAUGAGGAUGAUCUUGGAGACACGAUCCUAGAAAAUUCCCCAUUCUGUUAUAAAAUCCCUAAAGUUGAUGUUAGUGCCGACGAUGAUGAAGCUAGUGUUGGCAAUCAACGAGUGGAUGGCGAGGGAAUUUGGCUUAAGAAUUAA